AACCUGGCAAACCUGGACCUCGUGGCUCAGCUGGUAUUGGCCCAGAUGGACCCCCUGGACCACCAGGGCCAGGAGGCCUUCCAGGUGAAUUGGGCAAAAUCGGAUCUCCCGGAUCUAUGGGUGUGCGAGGGCCAUCUGGACCCAGGGGACCCACCGGAGCCAGAGGAGCAGCUGGCGCGUUGGGUGGCACAAUGGAGUUGUGUGGCAACGCCUGCCCACCGGGGACACCUGGCCAUCCAGGCCUUCCAGGGAUGAAGGGUCACAAAGGUGUGAAGGGGGAGGGUGGGGAGCCUGGAAAGCAAGGACACAAGGGAGAAGAGGGAGACCAGGGAGCGUCGGGAGAAGUGGGAGCACAGGGGCCUACGGGGCCACAGGGAAUCCGCGGGUCGACGGGAACCAUGGGACCCAAAGGUGAAAUGGGAGCUCGAGGCCACGAUGGAGAUCCAGGAUCGCAGGGUGUCCUGGGGGCCACAGGAGACAUGGGCCAGAGAGGAGUGAUGGGGGAGAGAGGUCCCAAGGGAGAGGAAGGCGGUCAAGGACAAAGGGGCAUCACUGGUCUUCCCGGACCGAAGGGUGACUCAGGCCUGCCAGGCGUGGAUGGCCGUGAGGGCAUCCCUGGUAUGCCAGGUUCAAAGGGCAGCUCAGGUAAACCUGGAUCUCCUGGCGAGGUCGGGCUGCAGGGACUUCCUGGUUUACCUGGCAUACCCGGACCCAAGGGCAUGGGUGGGGAGAAGGGUGGCUCUGGAGAUCCCGGUCUCCUCGGGACAAUGGGCUCGGCUGGCAAACAGGGCGAGAGAGGAGAACAAGGCGAGCUCGGCCCGAUCGGACCCGUUGGAGAGCCCGGUGAUCGAGGAGAGCAGGGACAUGAUGGGCCAGCUGGAAAACCAGGUGCCAGAGGGCCCAAAGGUGAUCUCGGCUUGCCAGGACUUCCUGGACCUUCUGGUCUUCCCGGAGUGAAGGGUGACAGAGGCGAGGGCGGUGAGACUGGGCCAAAGGGAGAGCAGGGACAACAAGGAGCAGAGGGAACUCCAGGAGACAAAGGAGACCUUGGCGAGACAGGAGAACCAGGACCUAAAGGAGCGGGCGGAAACCCAGGAGAGCCAGGGAACAGGGGAGCAGAGGGCGCCCGCGGGCAGCCUGGCAUCCAGGGGCCUGCCGGUACGCCAGGACCGCGCGGCAUGCAGGGAGACAGGGGAUCACCAGGACCUCGUGGGUCUCAGGGGCCAGCGGGCAAAGAGCCAAGUGAUCAACAAAUCCGACAAGUCUGCAUGAGAGUAAUGCAGGAGCAGUUGGCACAGUUAGCAGCCAGUCUUAGAAGGCCAGAGUCAGGAGCAGUAGGCCUGCCUGGUCGUCCAGGACCCCCAGGUCCUGCUGGUCCCCCAGGAGACAGUGGCUUCCCUGGGCAGGCAGGAACAAGAGGUCUCCCUGGCUUGAAAGGACCUCCAGGAGUUAUGGGACGCAAAGGACCAAAAGGUGAGAUGGGAGACAGAGGCGACCGAGGACCCACAGCGCGAGGACCCAAAGGCCUGCCAGGACCUCCUGGUCUACCAGGUGAGCCAGGUAAGCCCGGCUACGGCAAGGAUGGACGUGAUGGCGCCAGAGGCCCACCUGGUAUCCACGGUCAGGCCGGUGUCCCUGGGCCUCCUGGUUCUGCCGGUCCUAAUGGCUACUGCGACCCUUCCGCCUGCAACCUCCCGGCUGGGUCAGCCGUCCUGGACACCAACAUGAAGGGGCCCAACGACAACUAGGCCACUAGGGGGCACUAGCACAGCUGGGGCUGAAGCAGUGGAGGAGAGACUAUCGUAAUGGACAACUCCCCGAGGAAGCACACAACAUUCUCACGGCACAUUUGAAAGCCAGAAAAGGAGACGGGGAGUGCAACCCUGUCAGCGCCAGUACACCAGCGUGAGAAUGUUCUGUGCUCGCCUCGCCAGGGCCUGGGAACAUCACACGGAGGGCUCCAUUUCAGUUGUAGAGACAUCACCAGAGUCAUAUUGCUCAAAUAUCUGAUUUGAAAUGUGGUCAUUAUUGUAUUGUUUUGUGUCCUUUUUUUUGUUUUGUUUUGUUCAAACUAAACAUCUUGGUUGUUUUCCUUUUUUGUAUUUUUUUUUGUUUUUUUUUCAAAAAAAUAUUUUCCAACCCCACUGCCUAUGUUGUCAGCACUCUUCCCUCUCCAUAACGCAAUCUGAUCCUCACAGGAUGUUUCCCUGGGGACUAUAUUCAACUCCUCUACCCAUGGUUCCCACCCAUGGCGAAACUACUACUUACCUAGAAAUCAUGAACAUUCCCCGCGAGAGACAG